AUGAAUGCAAUUACUCUUCUUGUUGCAUUAAUAAUAAUUGAUGUUUGCUCUCCAUUUUAUAUGAUUGCAAGACCUGGCGGAAUAUUCAAACUUCGAAAUGAUAUGAAUUCCGGUUUACGCCAUUAUUCGGAUCGAAAUAAGAAAGCACUUUUCCCAAAUGAUCCAUUAUAUCAUGAAAAUUUAUACAAUCAAGAUUACAUACUUGCUCCUAUGUCACCUAUGAUGAUGGAUUAUUUAUCAGAAGAAGGAAACGGACGUGGAAUGACAAAGAUUUCCGGUGGUGCAAUUCCGGCUAAUAAUAAUAACAAUAACAAUCAUAAUGUGAAAUAUGUUGAGAAAAAUGAUGGAAAAAUGAUUCAUCCGAUAGAUUUUGCACAACAACAAAUGUUUUCCAAUUAA